CCGCCUCCGCCUCCCCCGCUUCCGCUCGCCGUCGAGACGCGUGCGAGCUCCGCCUCCUCUUAAUUUGGGCGGCCCCUCCGUCCCUCCCCUCCCCUCCCCUGGCCCCUCGCUUCCUCUCCGCGCCUCCAAUGCGGCAGCAGGCACGCGCGCCCUCGCCCACCGCACCAGGAGCAUCUCGAGCGUCGUCGCAAUGCAGCUCGCGGGUCGGGCCUCCGGUGACGCGGCCGCCGAGGAGGCAGUCCCGCGCGUAGUCAACCAGGUCCUCGUGCGCCGGCGUUCCGUGCCCGGCGCCUCCGACUCUCCGCUCGCCCCCGGGAGCCGCGGGGGCGGCGAGAGGAGGUCCACGUUCCGGGAGGACGUCAGCCAUGCCGCCGCCGAGACGUACCUCGUCACGCGCCUCGCCUUCAUCCUCCUCCGAUACCUCGGGGUAGGCUACCGGUGGAUAUCACAGCUCCUUGCGCUCAUAAUAUAUGCAAUUUUACUUAUGCCCGGUUUCAUAAGAGUUGGGUAUUAUUAUUUCUUUUCGAGACAGGUUUUGAGGAGCGUGGUCUAUGGGGAUCAACCAAGAAAUAGAUUGGAUCUGUACAUACCCAGAGACCACACCAAACCUUGUCCGGUUGUUGCAUUUGUAACUGGUGGUGCAUGGAUCAUUGGUUACAAGGCAUGGGGUGCACUUCUUGGAAGGAGGCUAGCAGAGCGUGGCAUUAUAGUUGCUUGCAUAGAUUACAGGAACUUUCCUCAAGGAACAAUAAGUGACAUGGUUAGUGAUGCUUCUGAAGGGAUAUCAUUUAUCUGUGAGACUGCAGGUACCUUUGGAGGAGAUCCUAAUCAGAUAUACUUAAUGGGUCAAUCAGCAGGAGCACAUAUCGCAGCAUGCGCUCUUUUGGAACAAGCAGCUAUAGAAUCUAAGGGAGAGCAGAUUUCAUGGAGUGUUACUCAAAUAAAAGCAUACUUUGGCUUAUCUGGAGGAUACAACAUUCAAAAUUUGGUUGAUCAUUUCCAUGAACGUGGUCUUUACCGUUCAAUAUUUCUCAGCAUAAUGGAAGGAGAGAAAUCAUUGCCACGUUACUCUCCAGAAAUUGUUGCCAAGAAAUCAAGUCCUGAAACAAUAGCUCUACUUCCUCAGAUUGUACUUUUGCAUGGAACAGAAGAUUAUUCUAUACCGUUCUCUGCUAGUGAAACUUUUGCGGGUGUCCUCAAACAAGCUGGUGCUAAAGCCAAGUUACAAUUGUAUGAAGGGAAAACACAUACUGAUGUAUUUUUACAGGAUCCACUUAGGGGUGGCAGGGACAAACUGGUUGAAGACGUUAUUUCAGUUAUCCAUGCUGAUGAUUCAAGUGCACGUGAGAAGGAUGCUUUAGCACCGAUCCCAGAUCGCCUGGUUUCUGAAUGGCAAAUAAAGCUGGCCCGCAAAAUUAGUCCCUUCUGAACAGUUAAGCAGGAGUUUACAAGAUUUGGUAAUGUUUCACUGAACCGGACAAACUGGGUUGAACCUGCCUUUGGAGCAUAUUGACAGCGAGGGAGUUCUACCUUGUAGCGGGUACUACUAUAUUGUUGAGGGAAAGACUAAUUCACAACGUGUUCAAAUUUCUUCUUGUCUUCCUGGUUAAAAAGAAUGUAUCAAAUCAGUAUUAUAAUACUAACUCCGUUUCAAGACU